UUGGAGAUUGGUCGACUUUGGUUGUAAAGUAACAAAUAUUAAUGAUUAAUUUCUGCCCCCAAAAAGUACCCACACGUCAACGCCACGGCGUCACGAUAUUGGGCGGUUCACUAUACGCGCUUACUUGGAAUGUGAUUUUACAGUUUUCCCUUAAAAAUGUUGACCUUUCUUCCCGACAGCCAAAUCCUGACAGAAAGAGAACAAAUUUGUUUAAAAGAAAAAUUAUAUAUAAAUUCCCAAUAUUCCUUUCUCUUAUUUACGCCUUUUGAGAUUAGCGCUAAGUUCCUUGAAAUUAAUAAUAAUAAUAUUAUUAUUAUCAUUGUUAGAUUGUUUUUGUUUGUUAAUCCGAUAAUGGGGAAGCCGACAGGGAAGAAGAAGAUGCAAGAAGCGGCCUUGAAAGUCGUGGAAGCCAACAGGCAGAACAAAGCCGCCACCGCCGCCGAUCGGACGUCGAAAGCCGUCGAUGAAGACACGGCCAUCUUCAUCAACAUGUCCCAAGAGCUCAAAGAGGAAGGUAACCGUCUCUUCCAGAAACGUGACCACGAGGGUGCGAUGUUAAAGUACGAAAAAGCCCUUAACCUCCUCCCUAGGAACCAUAUUGAUGUCGCCUAUUUACGCAGCAACAUGGCUGCUUGUUACAUGCAAAUGGGUCUCGGCGAGUACCCACGCGCCAUUGCCGAAUGUAAUUUGGCUCUGGAGGUUUCUCCUAGGUAUAGCAAAGCUUUGUUGAAAAGAGCUAGGUGUUAUGAGGCUUUGAAUAGAUUGGAUUUAGCUUAUAGGGAUGUUUAUAAUGUUUUAACUGUUGAACCCAAUAAUUUAUCUGCUUUGGAGCUUUUGGAUAGUGUUAAAAAGGCUAUGGAUGAGAAGGGUGUUACUGUUAAUGAAAAUGAUCUUGGUUUGUUCGAUAAUGAGCCCUCCGGCGGGGCUGCCCGGUUGCGAAAAGUUGUGAAAGAGAGGAAGAAGAAAAACAAAGGAAAAAAUGUUGAGAAGAACGAAAAGGCUGAUAUUACGGUUGCAGAAGAGAAAAAGACAGAGGAUAAGGUGAUUGUGGAGGUGGAGAAGGUUAACGUUGACAAAGUUAAUGAUAAAGAGGUUGUGAAAACAAUUGAGGAAGAGAAGAAGCCUCUUAACGAAGAAAAAGUGAUUACCAAGCCUGUGAAAUUGGUGCUUGGAGAGGAUAUUAGGUGGGCACAAAUGCCUGUGAAUUGUAAUAUUAAGUUUUUGAGGGAUGUUGCUAAAGAUAGGUUCCCCGGAUUGAAGGGUGUCCUUGUGAAAUACAGGGAUCCAGAGGGUGAUUUGGUUACAAUCACCACCACUGAUGAACUUAGGUUGGCCGAAUCAUCUACUGGUGUUGCCGGUGGAUCACUUAGGUUCUAUAUUGCUGAAAUUAAUCCUGACAGGGAACCGGCUUAUGAAGGAAUGAAUAAAGAGGAGGUGAUCAAGAGUGAGGGGAAAUUGAGUAACGGUGUUGAUAAUAAUGAUAAUGCAGGCUGUGGUGUAGGAGCUAUUAAGGGAACAUGUGUGGAGGAUUGGAUUGUCCAGUUUGCGCGGUUGUUCAAGAACUAUGUCGGAUUUGAUUCUGAUUCAUACUUGGAUCUUCAUGAACUCGGGAUGAAACUGUAUUCGGAAGCAAUGGAGGAGACUGUGACAAGUGAAGAUGCACAGGAACUUUUCGAAAUUGCUGCGGAUAAGUUCCAAGAGAUGGCAGCUCUGGCAUUGUUCAAUUGGGGAAAUGUUCAUAUGUCAAGGGCAAGGAAGCAUGUCUAUACAGAUGAUGGUUCAAAGGAAUCCAAAUUCGCUCAGAUUAAGAGUGGAUAUGAGUGGGCGCAGAAAGAAUAUGGAUUGGCAGCAAAGCGGUAUGAGGAAGCAUUAAAUAUUAAACCAGAUUUUCAUGAAGCUCUUCUUGCAUUGGGGCAACAGCAGUUUGAGCAAGCGAAACUUUGUUGGUACCAUGCAGCUGGGAGCAAGUUGGAUUUAGCGGCCGGGCCUUCCCAGGAGGUCCUACAACUUUAUAACAAGGCAGAGGACAGCAUGGAAAAGGGUAUGCAACUGUGGGAGGAAAUGAAGGAGAAACGACUGAACGGGCUCUCCAAAUUCGACAAGUAUAAGGCCCAUCUGCAGAAAAUGGGUUUAGACGGGCUGUUUCAAGAUGUCUCUUCCCAAGAAGCUGCUGAGCAAGCUGCGAGUAUGUGUUCGCAAAUAUACCUUUUGUGGGGAACUUUGCUUUACGAGCGCUCUGUUGUGGAAUACAAGCUUGAGCUGCCAACUUGGGAAGAAUGUUUGGAAGUUUCGAUUGAGAAAUUCGAACUUGCUGGAGCUUCUCCUACAGAUAUAGCUGUUAUGAUAAAGAACCACUGCUCCAAUGUGACUGCAUCGGAAGGUGUAGGAUUCAAGAUUGAUGAGAUUGUACAGGCAUGGAAUGAAAUGUAUGAUGUGAAAAGGUGGCAGAUUGGUGUUCCAUCAUUCAGGCUGGAACCAUUGUUCCGUCGCCGGGCUCCAAAGCUUCAAUCUGCCUUGGAGCAAGUCUGAGUUUUUCAUGAUUGGAUAUUCUUUGGAGGCAUUUGACAAGUACAAGUGCUUCAGUUUUGUUUAAUUCGUUUUUCCAAGAGCAGUCUUGUGUGCUACUAAAAAAAUAGGUCAUUUUCUUGUCCAUGGUCUGAUGCAUUGCUUUGGCAGCAAAGAAGAGAAGUUUGUGAAGUUUUCCACUUUGAUAAAAACUAAAAUUGUGUCAUUCAUUUUGGUUAAUGGUAUUGAUAUAUGAUUUGAUUGGUUGUAAAGACCACCUUGUUUGUUCUUCAUAUAGGUGUGAAUUUCCAUUUGUUUGAUGACCUCACUUGUACCCUUUUUCCUAUUCAAACUUAUAUGUAUAUGAAUAUUAAUAUUAAUAUUAAUAUUUAAUGUUGA